UUAAAUUCUUUUAACAUCCAGGUCAACACCUAAAAGUUUCAAAUGCGUGGAAUCCGAUCCGGCUUCCUUUUUCAGCAGCAUACAGCUUCAGCAACUUGUUCUUCGUUAUUACUUUCUGUACACAAAAUCUGCAGAACAAUCCUCUCGACACGGAAUCCUUCAUCAAUGGCGAAUUCAGUCGCAGCUGCUCCAGCUAAAGGACCUAUAACUCACGUCAUCUUCGACAUGGACGGCCUCUUGCUCGACACAGAGAAAUUCUAUACUGAAGUCCAGGAAAUCAUACUCGCUAGAUAUAAUAAAACUUUUGACUGGUCACUAAAAGCAAAAAUGAUGGGAAAAAAAGCAAUAGAGGCUGCUAGGGUCUUCGUUGAAGAGAGUGGAAUCAGUGACUCUCUUUCAGCAGAGGAAUUCCUUCUAGAGAGGGAGGAUAUGCUGAAAACCCUGUUUCCUACAAGUGAGCUAAUGCCAGGGGCUAGCCGUUUGAUCAGACAUCUCCAUGCAAAAGGAAUACCAAUUUGUGUGGCAACUGGUACACAUAAGCGGCAUUUUGAAUUGAAAACACAAAGACAUGGUGAGCUUUUCACAUUGAUGCAUCACAUUGUUAUGGGGGAUGAUCCAGAAGUUAAACAGGGAAAGCCAUCGCCAGAUGGAUUCCUUACUGCAGCCAAGAGAUUUGAGGAUGGUCCAGUAGAUCCAUGUAAGAUACUUGUUUUUGAAGAUGCACCUUCAGGAGUUCUUGCAGCUAAGAAUGCUGGAAUGUUUGUCGUUAUGGUUCCUGAUCCAAGAUUGGACAGCUCUUACCAUGAAACAGCAGAUCAAAUUCUGAGCUCUCUAUUAGACUUCAAGCCAGAAGAAUGGGGCUUGCCUCCAUUUGAAAGCUUAGAAAACUAAACCUGCAUGAUUCCUGUUACUAUAAACCCUUCUUGCUACAAGCUGGAAAUCCAUUCCAGGUUGUUAGCCUCGACUAAUUUUAUUAAUUGCAAUUUUUUCAUUUCAGCAUAUCGGAUUGAAACUUUAAUAUAUUUGCUAUGUAACAAAAAUUAGAUUUUUCUAAGAUCAUAAUGAUUCAUAAAAUAUUAUUGUAAAUUGGUACAAUGUAUCAAUAUCAAUAAGUUGAUAAGUAGA